AGGACACGAGCUCCAGGAACUGUAUUCCAGGACAUCGGGCUGUCGACGUCGAGAAGACGCCCUUGUUGAACGUACUUUUCUUCAGAAGGGGCGCUUGUAUCUUGCACAAAAUGGCGGAAUCCUCCAACUCUUCCGCCCCAUCUGGUCAGCCCCAGAAUGCUGUCCCGAAGCCGCCUCCGAAGGCACAGAAUCCGGCCCUGAAGAUGAUGGGACUACCGCACAUCCGGUUCAAGUUACCCUCUCGCAAUUGGAUGAUCUUUCUCACAAUAACCGGCUCUUUCGCCGGCGCCUUGAUCUAUGACCGAAGAGAGAAGAAACGUGCACAGCAGAAGUGGUGCAACCUGGUCGCUCAUAUGGCAAAUGAGCCUUUGUCAGUUGAUGAAUUGAGGAGGAAGGUCACGAUUUUCCUUGCCGCGCCACCCGGUGACGGCUUGAGGGUUGCUCGAGAACACUUCCAAGAAUAUGUCAAACCGAUCCUGGUUGCCGCUGCUUUGGACUACGAUGUCAUCGAGGGCAGAAGAGAAGGUGAUGUUAGAGCAGGGCUCGCAGAAAAGAUUCGCAGGUUCAGACGGAGGGCAGGUGAGCCCAGCAGCGUGGUGGAGGAACCAAACAAGCAGAAUGUUCUUGAAGAGUUCCGGAGACUGAAAGGCAGCAAGGAAGAAGCUGGACCCAAGGGUGAUAUUGUCAUUGGACGGCAUACUUGGAAGGAGUACAUUCGGGGUCUCCAUGAGGGCUGGCUUGGUCCGCUUGAUCCUCCGCCGCCCCCUCCAGCUCCUCCAGCCCCCGAGCCUGAGACCCCAAGUUCAGAUGAUGCAUCGCCAAUUGCUGGCUCUGAAGAACAGAAAAAGACAGAGGAGAAGAAACCUGAGCAGCCGGCUACGCCUCCUGGACAGGAACCGGCCUACAUCUCACCAGCGGACUACUCGUCCCGGCCUCUCCCUCCCACCAUGCCGUCCACUCUGGAGGGAUCCGUUCCCAUCCCAUUUCCUCACAUCCUCGGCUUCUUGAACACCCCCAUUCGCAUCUACCGUUUCCUCACCAAGCGAUACAUCGCAGAUGACAUUGGACGGGAAGUAGCCGCUAUCGUCCUUGCAUCAUCAACCAGACCAUAUGAAGACAAUUCCUUGAACUCCUCUCCAACCCUCACUCCCACUCCAGGCACGGACACCUUAUCCUCCGCGCAACCCACUACCUCCGAUGACUCGAGCCCGUCCUCCACUGCCAACGAACAGCAGACCAUCCUCGAAGAUGAAGAGAAAGAAUGGCACAAGUCGGUCCACAAGCGCUCUGAAACCAUUCCCGACGAAGAGCGCGAAUGGCUUGACGAUAUGGUCGUCGACCCGCGCAUCGGCUCACGGAUGCGUCGCUUCGUACUGAACUCCGAGGAAGAGGCUCGCGCCCAGCGCAUCGCCGAGGACAAAGAAUGGGUCAAGGGAGAGACGAAGCCCGCCCCCGUCCCCUUGUGGAAGAAGCUGUGGAUCGAAUACGGGUAUGGAGAAGACGAGGCUACUCUGCGAAGAAAGCCAAUCCUUGGAAACAUUGACGAGGAGUGAAAGAAGAAGAACGCAUUGCUUUGCUCCCCUUCUUGUAUGAUUUUGGGUGUUGGACAAGGGAUGAAAACCAACCGCACGAUGAUCGCUGGUUCUGUAUAUUACUCACACGUAUAGAGGGCAUAGAUGUACGAUGUCAUAAUUAACAAACUCCCA